UGCAUCCAGGAUAAGGAGCAUCUGCUUUGUUUUUGUUUUCUCAUGACUCUCCAAAGUCUCCCUACCUUUCUAUAUUGCCUUGAGACUAUUUGAAGACCAAAACUGGCCUUCUCAUGAGGUCAGAAAUGACUCACCCUGGACCCAGGCCCUCCCCUUCUGGUACCCUGACUCUUGUUUUGUUUUUGUCUUCUCAGAAGAUGGCUCAUGACCAGCCUUUGCUGGCUGUGCAGGAGGCCCUGAAGAAGUGCUUCCCCGUGGUGGAGGGGCAGCAAGACUUGUGGCAGAACACCUUGCAGGACUGCUCACCUCUCCUCUCUUCUCUCAGCAACCUGGCUGAGCAGCUUCAGGCUGCACAGAGUCUGCAGUUUGAGGACGUGCCGGCCCUUCGUCCUUUUCCAGACUUACAGGAGCGGCUGAGGCGCAAGCAACUGGAAGCCGGCGACAUUGUCCUGGACAAGCUAACUGAGAGGCUAGCCGCCCUCCUCAAGGUUCGUGACACCAUCAGCAGCCAUGUGGAGCAGGUGUUUCACACCUACGAGCAGCAUGCGGCUCUGCUUGACGUGGAUGCUGUCCUGAGGCCCUCGGCCGCGAGCCCGUCUGUGGCUGACAUGCUGGAGUGGCUGCAGGACAUCGACAGACAUUAUCGAAGCUCGUACCUGAAGAGAAAGUACCUCCUCUCCUCCAUCCACUGGGGAGACUUGGCCAGCAUCCAAUCACUGCCCAAGGCCUGGGACCAAAUUUCAGAAGAUGAGAGCCAAAGCCUUGUGCCAGAUAUCCUGGUGAGUGUCUCCUUUUUCCUGGAGGAGCCAGGAGGCUGUGCAGCAUCUGGAGACCUGGAGCACCACAGUUGAGGGCCACCAUUGCUGCCCUCGGCUAUAUCUAAGUGACGCCCUGAAAUACCGAUGCCUAUGAUAGAGGUCCCUAGGACUUCCCCAUGCUAGGCCAAGGCCAUGGGUUCAUGGCCACUGCCCCGCGGCUCUGAGAAGUGGGUAGAGGCAGAGGGGAUAGGAAAGGCAAUGCUGAUGAGCAGUGUCCAUCUCCAUCAUUAGGCUUGAUGUGGCAAGGAAGGAAAGGACAGAAGGUAGCGUUCUGUGGCUGCCUCUGCCCGUGUCAUCUGAAGCACCUUGUCUGGUUGGCUCAGGUCCUGGUUCUGUGCAUAUUAAUAUCUAAGCCCAUAAUGGUUUAAAGAGAUGAGUGGGACUAGGAGUCCAGAGUGGUAGCAGUGUGUAUGUGUGUGGCACAGAUGAUGCCCUGGAUUCAAUCCCUUGCACACCAGAAAAAAACCAGAGGGACCGAAGGACAGGAAACUUAAAUUUAAAAUGUUUACCCUUCUUUCACAGUGGCUCAAGCCAAUUUCCAUUUCCAAGGCCAGCCACCAGGGGGAGACAGUGCAGCAUGAGCUGUUCUGAAUGCUUUGUCCUUGAGAGAGGUCCCCUGUUAAAAAUAACUGAGGG